AUGAAGUCUAACGAUGGGCCCGUGUUUCUCUCUAUCGCUGAGGAACUCCGGUUCUACAUUCUACGUUUCCUUCCAUACCGAGACAUUCUUCGUUGCGCAUCUGUAUGUAAGGCUCUUCGCCAGACGUAUGUAUCCUCCUCCUCGCUUCAGUACAUCGUUGAACUGGGCGGCCAACAUUUGCUUCCCAUAUCCAACGCGGACGACCACACACCUAUUUCCGAGCGCCUACAGUGCUUGAAGGACAAAGCUCACGCUUGGUUCAGAGUUGACAUCCGCUCUGCCAAGACAAUUUCUAUACCACAUCAGGCACUCUACUGGGAGAGUUUCAUGGCCGAUAGACAUCUUUUCUUGUGGGACAAACUUGAAGUUGACACGGCCACCAUCAUUCCAAUACUGACAAAGCCUUCACAACGAUCAGUCGAGCGUGACUGGCAUCCAGGAACGAUGUGUAAAGUUCCCAACUCAACCAACAUCUGUACAUUCAUGGACCCAGCACAAAACCUGUUUGCUGUCGCCUAUGUUGAUCAGAUUCACGAGACAUUCUUCAUCAACCUUACAACCCUGGAUAAUGGUAGUUUUCACCCCCAAGCUGCUGGACCAACGUUGUUUCUAUCAGAGUUUUUCGAAUACGAGGACAGUGAUUCGGGAGCUGUGAGGCUCAAGGUUAUGGGGAGGUAUAUCGCUUUGCAGCGUGCUUCGUCGGAAUUUGGGACGUGGCAGCUGCAGAUUUGGGACUGGCAACACUCAAUAACAUCAGAUAAUGUCCUCCGAAUCAGCGACGGAUAUCCGCAUAGUAUUGAAUUUUGUUUCCUCGGAAACGAUAGACUCCUCGUUGUCGCUGACAAUUUGAAACUCUAUUCAAUUGAGGAUAUGUCCCACACACCGCAAUUGCUGGCGUCUUUUGUGCUGCCCAUCCGACUGUUGGGCAGCACAGCAUGUAUCCUUCCGGUGGAUGGUAUGGAGUGUAGCUCACAACUGCAGAUGCAAGCCCAACAAACAGUGCACACCUCAGAUCCUAAACACCGGCUACUCUGCAUUACCAUGACCAAGUUUUCGCGUGCUUUUAUCAUCUAUAUCAUUUCUACCAGGAUUUUCUUCGAUCUUCCUGAAAUGGCAGGAGCGAUGCCAAUCCCGUGGCAAUGCUGGGGUCCUUCAAAUACUCGUGUUGACUGGCACCCGAUAGCAAACGGAGAAUGCAAAGUUCACCUUAGCAGGAAUCGAGUUUUACUGUUAGUCCCAGACUACGAGGAAAUCAGGGACAGCAAAUGCAAAUUAUGUAUCAUGGACUUCAGCCCGCUAGCUGUAACGAACAGGCGGGGUCUAGGAAAAGUGGUGAUAGAGCCGUCUCCCGUAAACGUCAAUAAUAUAAUGUGCGUACACAACGGCAUUCAGAAGCGCUUGUCGACUUUCCUGCCUUACGUCGAGGUCGUAUUGGACAGAAAGUUCGGUAUGCACGAAUUGAAGAACAUAUGGAUGGAUGAGGAUGGGAUUUAUUUGCUCUCGGAGAAGCUAAUCGAGGUCAUUGACGUUUAG